UCCUCUGCAAGUCUCUCCUUUGCACUUGCACUAGCUCACACUUUACGUACCCCUAAUCCGCAAAUUAGGGUUUCCAAUUCGUCCUCUUUCCUCCCCAAUUUGUCAAUACUUCCCAAAUUCCGCUCAACAAUGAAGAAUCAACACCCAAAACAUGAAGGAAACGGAGAGAAAUUCAGCGGCUCGAGAUCGAAUAGCAUGAAGAAGAAGAAGAACAUGAGGAGGAUGGGCGGUCAAGGCCUUUCGCUCGAGGCCUUUGCGAAUGCUAAAUCGAACAGCAGCUACUUCAACCCAGCUUUGAUUAAGAAGCAGAAGGAGUUCUACAAGAAUUCCAAAUAUGUGAACAAGUAUAAGAAGUCACUGAAACAACAGCAGAGCAAUCCUCCGUUGGCGAUAAGCCGCUUCGAGGAGGAGAUGGAAACCGAAGAUGGUAAAAAGGAGAGCGAAACGGGAUAUGUUAGUGAGAAGGAGAAUGAGACUGAAUGUGGUAGUAAAAUGGAGAAUGGAGCUGGAGAUAGUAGUCAAAAGGAGAACGAAACUGGAGGUGGUAGUAAGAUGAGGAAGAAUGACAAGAAGAAAAAGAAGUACGGUGCUCGUAGUAUAAUGAAAAUGUAUAAGAUGAAACAUGAAGAUGAACAGAAGGAGAGAAUGGAGAGGGAGGCGAUUAUUCAGGCAAAGAAGGAAGAACGAGAAAAGGCGGAAGCGCGAAGGAAGUCUGCUAGGGAGAAGAUGCUUAAGAAAACGCAUAAAGGUCAGCCUGUUAUGAAGUACAGAAUUCAGCAUCUUUUGGAGACUAUUCAAGGUUCUUCGAAGCAAGCAUAGUUUGUGUAAGUUUUCGAACUUGUUUUGAUAUUUGGAUAAUUGUAAUGUUGCUGAUUGAAUUACUACUCGAGCAAUGUAAAAACAGUUUUGAUACCGUGAGGGUAGUGAAUCGGUUCUCUACAUGUUGUUGUGAUAGAUUUUUUCAUCAUUUUCUAUGAACGUUUAGACGCUUAUCUAUUGUUUA